GAUUGUAGAUAUGACGAUGAAACACAACCACCACCACGACGUGGUUCGCUUUGAAUCAUGAUGGAACCCUCCUUUAUUCCUAUACGUGCGCAUAUAGACGAAAGGGACCUUCCAGUGUAUGUUGGUUCAUGUUUCGUUCGUAGAAUAAUUUUGACUGCGAAAAAGAGGGUACAUGUUGUGUUUUGGGAGUGUUUUCUUCGAAGGACGAUUUUUCACUUUUCCACCAUCGAUUGGGUCCCAAAAAAUGUCCCCAAGUGCGCGAGAACUCGGUCGGAGUAACGGUUUGGUGUUGUUCGUUUGUUAAGGUGCGUUCGAAAGCGACAAUUUCCAUGUGGAAAAUUUUGGGUCUUGGGCAGCUAAUUUGUCCACAUACAGCAAUAUACAGCAGCAGCAGUCAGUCGCAGAGGAAAAGUUUCGUUCAUUUUUUGUUCUGCCUAUCUCCCGUUUGAAUGCAGUGAGAAGAAUCGAUUGGGAUGGUGCGGUGGAAGUGCGACGGUUUGGGCAAGUGUGAUGGAAAAAGGGCAAAUGUUGUUCAGCAGAAGCAUAUUGUUGGGGUGUCUUUUCACUAGAUAGUUUUUUCCAUCGGUGUGUAUCAAUUCUAAAUUCAGUUUCCGUGCGACGAGAUGGUGUGAGAAAAAAUGGUGAAAAGUUUGAAGAGCUGACGGGCAGAUUUUCCUGGAUAAAAUUUUGUCUACUUUUUGGCAGCCCGUCCAUUUGUUGGAUUUUCCAAUGUGUCUCCACUGUGAAUCUUUCCUUGAACCCUUUUCCCCGAUUGUGAUGCGUGUGACUAUUUUCCGGGUGUUUCAAUCGAUACGACUCUUCACGUUUUUGGCUAAUUAUGGCGAAUGAUCGACAAAAAAUGGUAAAAAGCUAUUGCUUUUGAAUCAAAAAGUGCACAAAGUGGAAACGAAAAUCAUCCAAGAAGAAGAAAAAGAAAAAUCCCCCAUUCACACCCUAUAGUAGGUUGAAGAAAAAAAAACGAAUGAAAAGUUUACAAAAAAAAUCCAGUAUCCUACAUAUCUCAAGUGAAAACAAAAAAUAUAGUGAAAGCGAUAAAGCAGGAAGAAAAAAAUAGGCGAAACCAGUGCAUUUCCUCGACUGAAAAGUAAAACACAUUCAAGGAGAAAAAGCCGGAGCAGUACAAUACCAUUUAGUACAACAAGCGAACACCAGCAACAACAACAAAAGGGAAAUAUGGAUCAAUGUUCGAGCCUGCUGGUGUCUGCCCUGUUCAGCACAAUUAUCCUCAGCGGUUUAUAUAAUCCAGUCGAAGCACAAUUGCGGCCUCGGAUACAGGAACAUCCGGCAGAUGCGGUCGCCGCCAAGGAAGAACCGUUGACACUGAACUGCAAAGCUGUGGGUCGGCCACCACCCGACAUCAACUGGUAUCACAAUGGGGUACCUUUGGGGCCGUCGGAUAGGCGUGUGAUACUGCCCGAGGGUUCGCUGUUCUUUUUGAAGGUGAUGCAGAACAAGCGCGAACAGGAUGCGGGGGUGUAUCACUGCGAAGCGCACAAUUCGGCGGGUAUUGCAGUUAGUCGGAAUGCUACACUGCAGAUUGCCAUGCUGAAGGACGAGUUCCGAGCGAUGCCCAAAGACACGGUGGCCUUGGUAGGUGGGCCAGUGAUAUUGAACUGUACGCCACCACGUGGCAUACCGGAGCCUUCGGUACUGUGGAUAAAGGAUGGGAAGUUGUUAGAUAUAAGUGGGAAACGGCUGAGCAUGGUGGAUUCCGGUAGCUUGAUGAUAUCCGAGAUUCAGCCGAAUGAUACGGGCAAGUACGAAUGCUCGGCGCAGAGCAUGGCUGGAACGAAAACCACGCCUCCUGCGUAUUUGAAGGUGCUGGCUCCGCCUACUAUAGUUAAAAGUCCACACGAUACCGAAGUACUGGAAGGGGAAGGGUUUGAUCUUCCAUGUGAGUUGGCGGGAGAUCCAAAGCCGGUGGUCACCUGGCGGAAGGAGAACGGACGUCUUCCGGAGGGAAGGUCGAGGAAAUUGUUGGACAAUACGCUAAGGAUAGAAGACGCUCGGCAAGAUGACGAGGGAAAGUAUAUCUGCGAGGGUCAUAACGAGGGUGGGAACGUAACUAUCUCCGUCUAUUUGUACGUCUACGAGGCACCUACGUUCAUGGAAGCACCGGUAGAUGUCGUCAUCAGAGAGGGCGAAGGGAUUACCUUGCCGUGCCGAGCCAAGGGUCGUCCAGGGGUGCGAAUAUUUUGGGAUCGCAUCGAUAAGCCACAUGUAAAUAGCAGCGGAAGUAAACCGCAAAGCCAAGCGCAGAUUGGCCACAAGCCGUCUGAGAAGUCCAAGCGAAGCAUUUCGCUCAAGACGACUGAAAAUCACGUACGUUCCUUUGCACCGGAAUCGGUGGGAAAUUGGUCAAUUAAGAUAGAGCCGGUUUCUGAGAAGCAGCUGUUUCAGUUGCCGCAUGCCUCACGAAUGCAUUCCAUACGAAAGAAGCGUGAAACGACGGAAUCAAGUAAUGAGCUGGAGGGUAUUUCUAGUACGACUGCAUCUUUGCUGAUCAGUAGUAGUGUGGUCCACUUUGAAGAUAAUGGUGGACUAACGUUAAAGGCGGUCAGCAAGGCGGAUGAGGGAUGGUAUGCUUGUGCUGCCAUCAAUGAAGCAGGAAGUAUUGUGAAGAAAAUCUUCAUAAAAGUUCUGGACAAAGACGAGUCUCUGGAGGCUCGGAAAGAACAAAUCCAUACUUAUGAUCAAAGCCGAUGGGUCAGCGAGCAGUUUAUUGUGCUGAACAACGUGUUCACCAUUUCGGCUAGUUCCAUCGGAAUCUCGUGGGACGUCACAGACAGUGCAACAAAGAUGCCCCUGCGAAUGUACUAUCGAAUAGCGAGUGAGCCAAUGGAUAAUUUUAUCUACAAUUCUACGUUCGAAAGCCAAGUUACUACGAGCAAUCUGAAGGAACUAACGUUGAACGAUCUGCGACCCUUCACGGAGUAUGAAAUCUUUGCUAGUAUACCGGAGGGUUUAUCCGGAUCGGUCUCCAACAUCCGAAGGGGCAAAACGCUGGACGGACCUCCGUCGGCGCCUCCAACGGAUGUGAGAGUCGGAGUUAUCAAUACGACGGCAGCUUUCGUCCGGUGGUCACCACCUCCGGUUCACAUGCUGAAUGGGGAGCUUACUGGUUAUAAGAUCCAAAUCAAAUCGAAUGCCACAAACAAAGUGCUUGGUCAGAUGAUUCUAAACUCGACGACACAGUCAGUAGUCAUCAACAGUUUAACUCCAGGGGCGAUGUACAUUGCCAAGGUCGCAAGUUUGACGUCCGGAGGAAUAGGACCCUACAGUCUGCCAACUUCACUGCAUAUGGAUCCCCAGAACAUUGUCAGAACGGACCCUACCCCAAGCUAUUGGAUGUCUUCGUGGAUGUCCGGAACGGCUCUCGUGAUUCUUUGCGUUUGUCUGAUAGGUGGUGCGAUAUUUGCUAUUUUCUGGACCGUUCGUAAGAAACAGUCCGUGAAGGCUUCCUACCCGGGUCCUUCGGUUACCACGAUCAUUCCAGACAAACAGCAUACCUUAUGGCUGCAUGGAAACACUUUGGUGAAGCCAUCCCAUUCCCUAGAUCCUCCGAGUACGUCAGAAUAUGCCGAGCUCACCAAUAACACCCAGAGUCUCAAGCAAAAUAACUGCGUUCCACCUCCGGAGCCGUACGCCACGGUUACACUCCAAAGAGGUGGAACGAUUGCGGAAGAAUCUUGUAUGAAAUGUGCAAACAGUCCAGUUUCCAGCGAGUACAACGCACCGCUUAGGGAACCAAUCAACAUAUCAGACGUACUGCCACCACCGCCAGAUCAUCCAUAUGGUACAUAUCGCCCACCGACCAGCAUGACAAUCCGGACCAAUCCGGCCGCCCUGUCACCGCAGAUGAUGCGCAAGAAUCACGUCCCCCCUCCGAUGCCGAACCGAUGGGACACCAUGCCUCCUCCCAUCCCAAGCUUCCCGCAGAACUGGAUUCGACCUCAUCACAUGAAUCCAGCGCUCACCAUGAACAACGCCGAGAUGUACUCGGAGAAUGACUACGAGAGUGGAUCCGUGUUGUACGAGCAGUGCUACCGACCGGACCAGAUGCCUCCAGUUCCUCCACCCAACAAUGGCAAUCAUUUCUUCAGCCACGCUGGCGAACCGACGGAGGAGUUCUACCGUCACAUGAACAUGGAGUUCGCCCAGGACAUGGGCUUCGAACCGGCCAGCCCUCCAGCUCCCUGUCCGGAGACGCCCUUCAACAGUAAGUAUCUGUCCGGACCCGGCGCAGCCGACAGUCCCAUCAUAUCCCGGAAGAUCGGAGUCAACACGACGACCCGGGCUCAUCUGCCCAACAGUGCGUCCAACAAUAGCAACAACUACAACAGCCAGCACAGCACUGGCCAGAGUUCCGAAAGCGACAGUGACAACCGGUGGGCACCCGCCCGGACGAAACGCAGUAGAAGUAGAUCGAAAAGUAGUGAUAGAAAAUACAAUCGGACUCUUAUUCGAUAAAGUUCUGCCCGACUCUAUCCAUACCUACGCUAUAACAAAAAAAAAAAACAAAAGCUAAUCUUAAGCUCUAUUAUACACAAAAUUAAGUAACAACAAAGUAGGCAGUUGAUGCAAGGAAAAUCCCUAUCUUUCUCAGUAGGCUCAUUAACUUUUACCUUUAAAGACAAAACAAAACAAAAAAGUAUGAAAGCAAAGCAAACAUUAAAGGGGAGCUCUGUAAUCAGUCUCUUUCUCUCAAUCAUUCUCUUACUCACUCACUCUUAGCGCUCUUAUCGGCUCUCCUCCGCAACCGAAACCCUGGGUGCGUGCGUAUUUAGGAAAGGGGGAGGGACACCAUAGGUAAGAGGGGAUCGUUUAACCGCUAGUAAUUAAUUUCCUUACAACAAGCGAACAUAAGAAUGUUGAUCAAAAGUGAGUGAGAGUGGAGGUCUAAGGUGCUCCUAACCUUAUUAUAAGUCGGCGAGGGAACGAUGAGUUGUACAGGAUAUGACUCCGUAAUCAAGCAUCAAGAGGCUCAAAUUAGUUUAAAUAUAAUUUAGUUGAUUUUAGUAUGGUAAGCGUGCAGCAACAAACAUGAGUUACAUUCUCAGUGUAUAUUAUUUCUUAUAUAUAUUAUGUAUAUUUUUUUUGGUUCAGAUGUUACAGGCUUUUAAGCAGAAAUUUUUAAAAGAAUAAGGCAAGAUUCAAAUAUUACGUUCAUCGUUUUUCGGGAUUUCCAGACCCCCCUCCCCCCUUUGUCACGCAGUUUUCCUAUACCCAAUACACGUACUGUCACAGUUUUCUAGAACACACCCCCCCCCCCUCCCCCAAAUGUUGGACGUUAUUUUUGAACGUUCCCUAAUGUCAUAUAACAAUUUGGGAAAACAUGGCUAUGGAAUUAUACACUUUUGAGAUUUUCCACCUGAAACUACUGGUAACACACAUUUUGGACUUCUUCCGUGUAGAUAGUCAGUUGCUAUUCGUCUAGAAGUGUUUGGAAACUGCGAAAUUGAGAGAUUCAUGAAGUCAUUGAUGAGAAAUCGCAGUAGGCGAAACUGAUUACACUUAUUCGAAGUAAAAUUACAGUUGUUGAAGGGUUUACGUUCAAUACCUCCUCUCGAAACCAUUUGAGGGCAACAAUCAAAGAGGAUUGUAGCCGGCUGGAUAUCGUGUCGUUAUAUUUUCGUCGUACCAGAGUAGCUACAUCAUCUGCGUAUCGAAUAAUCUCAAAACCUUAAUUUAAAAGCUUUUUAAGGAGUUCUCCCACUACCAAAGACCACAAUAGAAGCUAUACCCAAGGAACAAUCACUCAUUUAACCAACAUUGUAAUGACAUUUUUAUUCCACAUUUGAUUGAAUUACAGUUUAACAUUAUUUUAUCAUAGCUUGUAAUCAGGCGUUGUUCAAACAAAAGUGGAGAAGUUAUUCAGCAAUCUUUUCUGCAAGCGCGAUAUAGGCUUUACAAUCGGGAGUAAUCUGUGUUAUAUCAGCCUCAUAUUAAACUUGUAUUCAGCUAUAAUAACCUGCUGCGAAAACAAAAACAAAUUGAAGUGCGAGGUGCAAUUAUGGUCCAAUCAUGUUUAUUUGUCGCAUCUAAACACAUUUAACACAAAAGCUCUUUUAAAAUUUUCUCAACUUGGGAUUUGAACUCGUGAUCGCACCCGUCGCAUGCCUUGCCGACUAUGCCAUCCUGGAAUUGGUAAGUUGCUCGCUAAGAGUGAAACACCUUCACAAAGCUGUGAAAGAUCAAUGUUCAGAUUUAUGGAAGGUUGUAAUCAUUUAUUUAAAAAAAAGUUGUGAAGAUGACUACAACUUAGAAAUUGCUACGAAAAUUGGCAAGUGUUUAAAAUAUGUUGCAUAGGUGUGCAACAAUCAUCAAUACAUAUUUCAUAAUAAGGAACGUUCCAGUACUGUUCUAUUAUAAUCAUUUUGGCCUGUUGUUCAAUCGAAAAGUGAUAAUCGAACAAAUGAAUCAUAAAUCCGUUUAUAUAGCUUACUGUUAGAACCAUUUUUGAACGUUUCCACAAUAGCUGAAGUAUUAAACAUCAAAAACAUUUGUUCAACUUAUGUAGACCACAAUAAUCAGCUAUCGGAAACUGUGGAACAUAAGCUUUUUAACGCGUAGAAGAAAAUUCUUCUUCAGCUUAUAUUAAAGCUAGUAAGGGCAAAUCGAACAAACAAAAAUUGCUGACGUUUGUUAAGCUUAUAAUUAAAUUGCUGUUCACAUACGUGCCAUAUGUUGCUUUUUGGCUUAUAUCCAAUGUAAAUAGCAUCAUUUUAGCUUAUUAUUCAGCAUUUGGUUUUGUUCAGCUGCGAAUGUUAUAAACCAGUAAUAGUUCAACAUGCAUUGCUUAUUUAUGACUUCGAAUUGUUCCUUGGGUAGUACUCUUCCUUGGGGACAGCCUUUCACAGAUCUGACUGAAAGUUGCACCCCUCCCCCCCCCCCCCAGAAACGGAAGAGAGCUCACGAUCUUCAAGCGUUGAUAUUAUCCAAUCGAUAAUGCAUUUAUUCAAGCCCCUUGUUUUCAUUGCUGAACCCAUUCAGCGUAGAAUGCUCCCCCAAUGUCGAGAAGAGCAAUCACGGCUUUUAGUUUUCUACAUGGUUUAAACAGAUCACAAAGAGGCUUAUAGGUCGGAAGGCUUAAGGUGCUGUUUUAUCUCUUUUGCCAGCUUUUGGGAAAAAACAAUACGACCCAUACGCCAUGCUUUGGGUAUGUACAGGGGAUGGCCAAAAUGUUUGGGAUAGGCAACUUUUUUUCUCCCACAAAAAAAUUCAACAUGCUGUAACUUUUCAUAGAGUGCAUCAAAAAAUCUCAAAUUUUGACUGUUUGUCAACCUAUUAUAUGUGGAUCAUUGGAACAAAUUUGGGCUCGAUUGAUUAAUUUUUCGCGAAGUCAGAGCCGUUCGGGUAAAACACUAUUAUUUAGACAACUCUUUUUUGAACUGUCUAUCUCGGAAACCAGUGAACCGAAUUGAAUGAUUUUUUUACGGUUAUCAACAAUAUAUUGAUACAGGCGUACCUCGAUAGUACGUACCCUCGAUAGUGCGUACCCUCGAUAGUACGUACCCUCGAUAGUACGUACAUUUUGCCUCGAUAGUACGUACACCAAAAUUUAGUUAACUUUUAAUCUACAAAAAUGAGUUCGAAUCAAGUAGACGUAUAGCAAAGACUCCGAUACUAUGAAGUUGUGUUAUUCAGACUCCUAUAACACGGAUUUUCAUCAAUCAGUUUUCAAAUAUAGCGAAAUGAAAGGCAUGAACGAAUACGUUUAAUGUAAUGAUUGCAGUAUGCUUUGCUUUACAUAGAUAUUUUCUGUCAGUCAUAAUAUCUGGCAUCAUCAUUCUGACGUUACAUCCCAACUGGGGAGGACUGCUUCUCAGCUUAGUGGUAGUACUUGCACAGUUAUUAACUAAACGUUUUCUUUACCAAUAGAAUGUUGUAAUAAAAUAAAAAAAAGCACAUGAUGGUUCUACUUUGCGUGGCAAUAAAAAAUAAAUAAAUUUAUCGGCGAAAAAUGCUCUCCAAAACAUAAAUCAACCCCAUCAAGUUGCUUAUCCAAACCAUUGAUUUCAUUUCACUUACCUACAUGUUAUUUUUUUAUUUUUUUUUGGUUUUCAAACAAAUAACUUUUUUUUUGCGAUACGUAUGAAAUAUUUGACAGUUUACCAUGAGUUUGGAAAUUUAAACAACUUUGAGUACCGUAGGGCACUGCAAGCCGCGGUUGCUAAGGAAAAUGUUUUGGACUUUUCGUGGCUUUGUUGUUUACGAUUCAGACUUAAAAAAAAUCGUCAGCUCUCGGAUUAAAAAAAAAUCGCCAGCUUGUCAUUAGUGGUUGGAUUUAAUUCAAAAAGGGGGGUAUGCGUGCGUGUGCUGUUUUAUAACUUGAUGGUGGUGGCAUGGUGGCUCACCUCAUUAAGUUCCUUCUGGGAUUCCACAUGAAUUCCAUACGGGACUCCCCUCGUGAUUUGUCCACAAAUUUGCUCGAGAGCUUUCUUCUGGGAUUCCGUAAACUCUUAAUGAGAUUCUUCCAGAAGUUUAUUUAGGAUUCCAUAAGAAGUUCCCUCUGGGGUUUUCCAGGAGUUUUUUUUUUUCUGGGAUUCCUUAAGAGGAUCCGUCUGUAGUUCCGUCAAAAGCACUUGCCAGGAUUGUUCCAGGAAGUUCCACGAGAUUCUUCCAGAGAUUCCUGGAUUUCUGUAGAAAUCAAUUCUGAGAUUCCUUCAGCAUUACUCCGUCUAGGAUUACCUUAGUAUUUUUUCCUGUUACUCUUCCAGGUAUUCUUUCCGUGGUUUUUCCACAAACUUAUUCUAGAAUCCCUCUAGGAUUUAUGUGAUUCUUCAGGGAGCUAUAACUAAGUUGCUUUUUCCUGUGUUUAUUCAAGGAAAUCCUACAGGAACUACAUGAGGAAUUCCAUAAACAAAAUACUCCAAAAAGUUCAUAAUAAACUCCAGGAGGAUUUCCAUUACAAACAUCUGAAAGAAUUCCAGAAGGGUCUGCAAGAAUUCUAGAUGAUUUUGGAAAGAGUUCUCGAAGGUAUCCCUGAAUCAGUUUCUGGAAGAAUUCCUAGAAGAAGCUCUAAGAGGAAUCCCGGAAGAAGUACUUGAAUAGUAAUUCCCCAGAAAAAAUUACCGGAGGAAUCCCGGAAGGCAUUUUCGAAAGAAUCCUGGAAAAAUCCCACAAAUGCACGGGCUUGGUGGUCUAGUGGCUACCAUUUCUGACUUCUAUGCAGAAGGUCCUGGGUUCAAUCCCUGGUUCGUCCCUUUCCCCGUACUUUGUAUCUUUGUAUAUACUUUCUCCUUCCUCUCUACUCAUACAUCUUAUGUAUAUUCACAUGUUCAUAGCCAUCGCUAGAACUGAAACGGAUUGAAAAAGCCGUUUCUUUUCCUUCCAAACUUUCACAGCGCAGUGUCUCAAUCCUAUUAGAUAACGCUUACAGGUUAUGAAAUCAAGCGAACUGUGCCGCACAUCUUCAGAAUAAUAAAAACACACAAUUCUUUCACCUUACCCUGGUAUCCACGCACCAAUGUGUGAACCUUCUGCCAACCAAGUCCCACCAACACUCUGACAUCCGCAUGAAUUUGUGCUGACGCAGAGGUAUAUUUGGUCAGACGUGGAUAUAAACGAUUGCAAUCAUCACUUCCUUACCCUUCCCCACAUUGACCUGCAACCUGACGUGGCAGGCGCCAUUGUCGCCUAAAAAAAGUAGAAGAUCACCAACACUCACACACUGAGAUGCCUGCUAGUCCCCGGCAGAUAUCUCAUUGGUUCCUUGUGUGAGUGUAGCUGGUCUGGCGAUACUGGAGUAGCAUCUACGGGCGGUCAAUCAAGCUCAAGCUCAAGAAUCCUGGAAAAAUCCCACAAAGAUUACCUGUUGAAAUUAUUGUAGGAAUCUCAGAAGGAAUACUUGAAUCAGAAGAAGCUCCCGAAAAAAACAGAAGAAGUUCCUGGGUUCCUGGAGGGAUCUUGGAGAAGCAUUUAGAGGAACACUGAAUGAAGUUCUUGUCAGGGAUCUUGUAGGAUUUCUGGAAGGGUUUCAGAAGGAAUCCCUAAAGAAUUCUCAGAAGAUACUUCGGGAAGAAUCUCGUAUGGAAUUCCAGGAAUACAUAAAUCUUUACUGAUUGUUGCAAGGAGUUUUUGAAGAAAUCUCGGUAAGAAUUUCUGAUACCAUUUCCGAAAGAAUUCCUAGAGAAAUUCCGGGGGAAGUAGCUAGAAUUUCCAGGAAUACCAUCUGGAAGCCCAAAAAAAUCCAGAGACAUCCUAAAAUAAACUAUUCGGGAACCCCGGAUGAAAUUCCUGGAGGAUUCCAGGGACUCCUUGAGAAAUUCUGGAAGAAAUCUCUUGAAGUUCGAAACGUGAACAAGAAGGUCACAAAACGCCAAAAACUUUGAAAAAUAUCUUUAGCAACUGCGGCUUGCAUUGCCAUAUAGGCUGUACCAAUUCAAAUGUUUCAAUUUUUCGCUCCCCAAAUAUUUCUUCAAGUUUCUUUCAGUUCCGAAAUUCCUCUAGGUGUUGGUUCCGAGAUUUCUCCAGGAAUUCUUUCUAGGAUUCCUUAGGGAUUCUUCCAGGAGUUUCUCCUACGAUUUCUAAUGAGAUUACAGGGUCUCGAUUUGAGAUUUCUUAAGAGAUUUCUUCCGAAACUUCACCAAGAAUUUCUUCUGUAGUUCUUUCGGGACUUUCAGGAUUUCUUCAGGAAUUUCUUCCAGAAUAUCUCCAGGAAUUUCGUUCCGAGAUUUCUACAUAAAUUCAUUCCAAGAAUCCUCCAGAAAUUCAUUCCGAGAUUCAUCAUUCUAUGAUUCAUCAAGUAAUUUUUCCUUGAAUUCCUCCAAGAGCUCCGGGAUACCUCUAGAAAUGCCUUCUCGUAAAAAAUUAAACUCUUGGAGGAGUCCUAGAAGGAGCAACGUUCAGAAGCGAUCUAGAAUGUUUUUUUAACAAGAUAUAACUGAUCUAGAUCGACUCAAUUAUAUCUAGACCAGUUUGGAUGGUUCUAAAAGAUAACUCAAAUAAAAUCAAUAUAAGUUCCCAGAGACGAGAUGCUUCUACGAAGCAUCCCCAGAGCACAAGAAGAUUUUUCCAAUAAAUAUAGCAUGCUAAACAAGCAAAAUUACGCAAUUAAUAAACGGACCCUUAGGCCACAUGUAAUUUUUUGGCAAUCCAUACGUUCUAGAAAUAACAUUCUUUGAUUUAAAAUUGAAAUUUGUAAUAAAAAAAAUGUGCUUCGAUAGUACGUACGUUUCGAUAGUACGUACACUAAACGAAGCGAUGGUGUACGUACUAUCGAGGUAUGCCUGUACCUAAUACGACGUUAUAAAAUGAAAAAUUUUCUCACGGCGAAUUAAGUUAUACCGGAUUGAAAUUUUUACCCAUAUAGAGGAAAAUAAGUCAAAUUUACAAUACCACACAAUAAUUACUAAAUGUGUUCUUCCUUCAAUCUAAAUGGGCUCUAAUAUAUCUGAUUAGAGAUAACUUGAGAACAGAAGUGGAAGUACCUAUGUUUUAAUAGUUUGUGAAGCAUUUACAUAUUGUUGGUGUACGUUCAAAAUUUCAUUCAAUUCGGUUCACUGGUUUCCGAGAUGUGACACCUCAAAAAUGAGAUGUCUGAAAAAUAGUGUUUUACCUGAACGGUUCUAACUUUGCGAAAUAUUAAUCAAUCGAGCCCAAAUUUGUACCAACGAUGCACACAUAAUAGGUUGACAAACAGUCAACAUUUGAGAUUUUUUGAUGCACUCUGUGAAAAGUUAUAGCUUGUUGAACUUUUUUGUGAGAGAAAAAAAAAGUUGCCUAUCCCAAACAUUUUGGCCAUCCCCUGUAAGUUAAAGCCAUACUUUCGUCAAAUAUUUUGGUUAAGAGCGGACUAAGCCAAGACUAAGCGCUUUUUUCUUGUUGAAGUAAUGCUGGAAUCCUAGCUGAUUUGAAAGGCUCAGUGCCUUUCGACUUUCGAUGGCGUAAAGAUUUCACAGGCACACAUGGUUUUCCUUGUCUGAGUCCUGCACUUCAGCCGAGUAAGGAAUCGACCCCGGAAAAUGAGUAUUUACCACCUCUUUCAAAGCUUCAUAAGAUUCGACAUAUAACUGCAGUAUAAUGGUCUCUCGAAAGGACUUUAUAGAGCCUUGCCCAAGUAACAUUUAAUGUGAAUGUAAACGUCAACAAAGCUUCCUCAAUACGGCUUGAUGCUGAGUUACUGUGUUGUAAAUAUGGACGGAAACUUCUAUGCAAGCCCUAUACCAAUGAAUGUGGCGAACUUAAUCCACAUGUAUAUGCUGUGCGAGCAGCUUCUAUGCCACCAAGUCAUAGCUCUUUUCUCGGCUCCUAUGUAACCACUAACUGAAUAACAUCUUGAGAAGGCGCUUUUUCAGCCAUUUCACAGUUGUUAAAUAAAAGUUAUACGGCAUCCCCAAAUUAAUCGAUUUGAUAUAAUUAUUGGAUACCAAUACGCAAUACAUGUGGAAUUAUAGCUUUUAAACUUGAAUAAUUAAAGUACUUGCCGCUACUUGGAAUCGAACUCCCGAUCUUCGUAUCCACUGGUUCCGAUGAUGUCCUCGCUGUCAUGCUGAUAUAUAGCAGGAUAGAAAAUACCCCGUACUCCAGACAAGGUUUCAUAAUUGUGGCACAAUAAACCUUACCUAACUUCAUAUCUUGCUAUAAAAGCUUAUGAAACGUCAAACGCAAUACCACAGACAUUGGACGAAUUAUAAUAAAAAGAAUUCAGUGGAACUUUUUGACAUUCUAGUUGCCAAUAUGAUCACCAGAAAUAUGUCCAUUUUUUAUUAUUCGUAGGCAAUACUGAAACUACCAAUAUUUUCUCAGCAUUUCAUCUUCUUAAUCCCUCCUUUGGCAUUAGGGUCAUUUAUUGUCCAAACCGUACUCCACGCCAGCGAGCUGUUCCCAACGUGGUGUAAAAGGAAGGUUAAGGACAAACGUCUUAAAACCCCAGCUCAAUAUUUCACCAGAACUUUAGAUGCACAAAUCUCGAGAAGUGAACUUCCAACGAUAGUGUAAUUCUUAUUUUGUUCUUGCUCACUUUUUAUAAGCAAAAAUAAUAAGAUCCAGUGCGCUGGUUUGGUUUCCCCCCAAAACUCUUAGUAGGUGUAGAAGUCGGCCAUUGUGGUGCCAUCUUGGGAUUCUAACGAGUCUGUCCUUUAACCAUAGGUUGUUCUUUCGAGUUAUAAGUGCUCUUUGCAGUUCAGAAGGAAUUUCUCGGUCUAUCUUGAAACAUUGGGAAAUUCCUUGUCUGAAACGCUCAAGAAAUAGUGUUUUUUCGAUCGCAGUACGCAGCUGCGAAGAAGUGACAAUUAAAAUGGCAGACACUGUAUAAAGUUUCUACCAGGAAUCGAUCAAAAAGUUUUUUUUUAGUGAUUUUUUUUUAAACACGAAACCGGACUAAGGACUGUUCAUUAAAGAAAGUGGACACCUGUUUUUCAAUAGAAAAUAUUUAUCUUCGAACAAAUUCAUAAGUUUAUUUUUUAUAUAAGACAAUCAACAUACAUGUGGCCGAAUUCACGUGAGUUUGAUCAUUUACUUCGCAUUUCUGAAGAACGCUCGGACUUUCCUCUUGAUACCUCCCAUUAGAUUCUGCACAACUUUCUCCGUAACCUUUCGUUGUGCCGCAGACCUAAUUUUUUUGAAGUAAUCAACAGAGCUUGCUUCUCUUCCAUCUUUCUUGAGAUGCCGCUUAAUUAUUGUCCAGUAUCUUUUCACAGGACGCAGUUCAGGGAAGUUUCGUGGAUUUUGCCAUUUUUCGACAAAAUCGACUUUUUCCGUCUUGUGCAGCUCUAGUGUAGUAGAAGUGUAAUGAGCGGAUGCUAGAUCUGGCCAAAACAAUGGAGGAUCCGUAUGUUUUCGAUAGAUAGGUAGAAGUCGUUUUUUGAUGCAUUCUUCUAUGUUAUUUUCACCAUUGAUUGUUCCUGUUGUGAAAUACGAAGAACUGUUUAAGACGCAUGAACAAUUGGCUUGCCACACCAAAAACAUUUUCCCAAUUUUUUCGGUUCUUCUGUACCCUAUAUCAUCCAGCACAUCUGUCCUCUACUCAGCGUUGAAAAAUUUCAGUCCCGAAAGUGUACUAGUAUGCCCAUUCUCGAAACGACAUUUUUUUGGAACACCAUUUGUGCAGAAUUUAUCUGCUAGUCGAUGAGGUAAUCCAACCCAUCACUCAAAAUUUCUCACUUUAUUCCGUUUUCUUUGAAUGUGUUGCCGAAGUGAACAAUGUUUUUACACACUGAUUUUGCUCAGUAACAUUUUUUUGUUUAGUUUUAACUCUAAACUAUUGGUUAACAGAUGUCCACUUUCUUUAAUGAACAGUCCUUAUACAGCUGUGGAGAACAGUAGUAUGAUCACGCGAGUUUACCUAUCACUCAUUUUUCGGCCAAAUUGCAUUCGGCCGAAUGACCCGGAACCGUAGCCACCCCCUACGAAUUAUAAUCAAACAAUCUUUGCAAAACUAAAUACACAUUAUGUAAUAAAAUAAAGAGGGUAUUGAUUGACGAAAUCGGAUAGUGCUUAAAAGAGAAGUGAUAAAAACGAAACAUACCUGUUAUCAGAAGAAUCUCACCAACAACUAUCCGAGGUAGCGCUACCAUCAACGUCUUUACAGCGCAGCCAAGCUUACUCCUUAUUUCAUCUCCGUGGGGCACGCUUUCAGUCAUCAUUGGAACAAACGUCACUUCAUCACUCACAAAAUACCUAAUGAGAAUGGAACCACAUAUGGUCUGAUUCUGGAACCACUCGCGAAGCACUGAUAGCAUGUUGUAUUGGUCACACGUUACCGGAACUGCUGAAAUUAACAAACGGAUGAACUAUCCGGACGGCGUAGCACCGGCCAAAUCUUCAGCGGAAUUUCGAAAACAAUAUUUACGAACGCGAAUAAAAUGUGACAAGCAGUUCAAAGCCGUCUGCUCGUGGCAACGCCUACUGCGUUCCCUCAUGCAUAAUACAUAGGUACACCACAACCUGUUUCACAAUUUGCAGUUCAGUUCUCUAAAUUACUUUUCCAUGACAGCUCAUUUAUAUAUUUUAUUUAGCAUAACAUUUCAAUCAUAAUAAAACUGAAUCCACAAUUCUUCGCCACAACACUCGAUUCGUGCAGUCUUCCAUCCUCGGCCGCGUCCCACACUUGCCAGAUCGUUCUGCACCUGGUCCACCAACCUUGCACGCUGCCCUCCAUGUCUUCUUGUCUUUUUCUGGUCGUUUUGUACAAUCAGGAUCUCUUGCGAACACCAGUUUUGCAGGGUUGUUUUUCGGCAUUCCAACAACAUGCCCAGCCCAUCGUAUCCUUUCUACCUCUCGUAUGCUAGGUUCGCAGCUAGAGUGCAGCGAGCUCGUGGAUCAUUUUUUACCGCCACACACCGUUCGGGGCUGUUCAUAAACCACGUAGACCAAAAUUUGGCCAUUUCAGACCCCCCCCCCUCUCCCCCCUCGUAGACUUUUGUCCAUACAAAAAAAAAAUGAAAUUUGUAUGGAGCGUAGACUUUGGCCAGAUUAGACGAUUAGACGAGCUUCAAACUUGUAACUUCUAUUUUCGGUUUUCAUUCUAAUAAACUAUUCAUAGCGGAUUUGGUUUCCACCAGAGCACGUGGAUUUCCAUUCCUAUUUAAAAGGCUGUUUGCAGUUCAGAAGGAAAUUCUCAGCCUAUCUUGAUGCAUGAGAAAUUCCUUGUCUGAAUCGCUCAAAAAACCGAUUUUUCUUCGAUCGCAGUACGCAGUUGCGAAGAAAUGACAGUUCAAAUGGCAGUAACCGUAGAAAGUUUCUGCCAGGAAUCGCUUAAGAAGUUUCUUGAUCGCUUCCUUUUGAACUCAAAACUGGGCUUAAAUUUCAAAAUGUCCAUAUAACAAGUUUUUUUCCGAGUGUUUUAAUGUGUACAUACAUAUAACAGUUAUAACAGUUCAAAUUUGGCCUUCGGAUAUUUUUUUCUAGAAUCUUUCUUACUUCAUGAAGAAUAGCCCGAUCUUUCCCAAAUUUUGACCAUUGAUACACAACUAGGUAAUCAACUCACAGUAAAAAAUUUAGAUUUUUUUGAUGCAUUUUUCAAAAAGUUAAAGUAAUUUUACCAUUUUUGAAAAAGUGAAAAUUUUGCCUUUCCCGAUCAUUUUGUCUAUCCCCUAUAGAAACCAAAGCUGUAGCAGUUUUAUAUCACGUUUCUAUACUUAACAAAACACUUCUGUCGUUUGGAAACUAUUCAUUAUUAUGUUAUAAGUAUUUUUAAUUAAGUAUAUACAAAUGUAUUUUUUUUUUGUUUAAAUUGGAUAUAGUACUUCCGGUUCUUGCAAAUCAUUUUUCCCUAUCCGAGCCUCCUCUGCUCUCACAAGUAGCCAAGCCAUAGUAGAUGACUAUUAAUCAACAAUUCAAUACAAUAACAAAAAAAACUAAUACGAAAGCAAAUUUAACACAAAUUUGAUACUUACACAAAUACCGAAAACAAAGCAAGCGGUCAAAUUGUGCCACAAAAUUCAAGUGAGCUGGAUUGCCACAUGAGCGAAGAUCCACCCACGCACACUCUCUCACAUACAUACAGUGAUACACUGAGCAAAAAAGGUACGGUAAAGUGAAACUAAAGAAGAUACACACGUAUUGGACACAAAACACGAACGGAACACAGUGGAGCAAAUCACAAAACGGGAAAGAAGAUGUGAAAAUAUCGUUGUUGGUAGUAUAAAUUGAGACGGGAGUUAUGCGACGACUAACUAAACCCAAAAACAGAGCGUAUUUAUUUUGAUUACGAUGAGUUGAUAAGUCGUAUGUGAAAAGGACGGUUAAAGCCAGCAAGCAGAUUGUGUUCUUAUUUUCGUGUUUCUGUAAAAUGGAAAUCUGUAAAAAUGUUUUUGUUUCGAGUUUGAUGUAUUACAAAGGAGUAACACACUAACACACACACAAAAUAAAAACACGCGGAAAUACAUGCGGAGUACCGCAUUCGAAAUUCUGACACAAGAGAACAAAGGAAAAUCAAAACAUAUGACACAAAUGACGCGAAAAUAUCAACUGUGAUAAAACAAAACUAAAAUAAAUGAAAAAAAAACACAAAUAAUUGAGUAAUUAUAUCUAAACUUAAAUAACAGUCGGAAGCGGGACGAAACUAAAGUGAAAGAAGCAAAAAUCGAAGUGAAUAGAGCACACAUCCAAACAACACUCACAAGUUACACUGAAACAUUCACUCUCACAUCCACAUGCGCAAAAAGAAAA